GUGUGACCCUGUGGCCGCGCAUGAAGACAGAGGAGAUAUCAGCGUCACGCUGAUCGAGCUCCGUAGAGCCUCACAGCGACGCGUCUUCAUCGGCAGUCUGCAUCCCGCGGUCACGGCGGACGCCGGUCAAACAGCGGGUACACAACGGACACACACACGGCUCGGAAGAUGUCUGGGGCAACUGGGAGUUUGGAUUGCGAGGAGUGUUUAUCUUCAGCACAUGUGGCCAACAGCACGGAGUUACAACCGCACUCCGUUGUGGAUGAUGACGAUGAACUUCUGAGAUACAUCUGGAGAGAGUACUUACACCCCAAGCAGUAUGAAUGGGUUCUCAUCGUGGCUUAUAUUAUUGUCUUCUUCGUCUCACUCAUUGGAAACUCGUUGGUUUGUUUUGCAGUCUGGAAAAACCACCACAUGCGCACGGUGACAAACUACUUCAUCGUGAAUCUCUCCUUUGCCGAUGUCUUGGUCACCAUCAUUUGCCUGCCUGCCAGUCUUGUGGUCGACAUCACAGAGACGUGGUUCUUCGGAAACACUCUUUGCAAAGUUGUGCCUUAUCUGCAGACCAUCUCUGUUUCUGUAUCAGUCCUAACACUGAGUUGCAUUGCCCAAGACCGUUGGUAUGCUAUCUGCCACCCACUGAUGUUCAAGAGCACAGCCAAGAGGGCCCGCAAAAGUAUUGUUGUCAUAUGGGUUGUGUCGUGCAUCAUCAUGAUCCCUCAGGCUAUUGUGAUGGAGUGCAGCAGCCUGGUGCCAGAACUAACAAACAAGACCAGCCUGUUCACAGUGUGUGAUGAACACUGGGGAGUUGAGAUCUACCCUAAGGUGUAUCACACCUGUUUCUUCAUUGCCACAUACUUUGCACCCUUAUGUCUCAUGGUCCUGGCGUAUAUCCAGAUAUGUCACAAGCUGUGGUGUCAACAGAUUCCUGGAAGCACAUCAGUGCAAAGGAAAUGGAGGUCCAUCCAGUGCUCAACUCCGGCUGCAGGAGAGCCUGUGAGGGUCAAAACCAGCACGGUUUGUGCUGAGAUCAAACAGGUCCGAGCCCGACGCAAGGCGGCUCGCAUGCUGAUCGUGGUGCUGUUUGUUUUUGCCCUGUGCUACCUGCCCAUCAGCGUGCUCAACGUCAUGAAAAGAGUUUUUGGGACUUUCAAGAACACAGACGACAGAGAAACAGUGUAUGCAUGGUUCACCUUCUCACAUUGGCUCAUAUAUGCCAACAGUGCAGCAAAUCCCAUCAUCUACAAUUUCCUCAGUGGGAAGUUCCGUGGGGAGUUCAAAGCAGCCUUUUCUUGCCACAGUCCAAAUCAAACUGAGAGGACGAGGCCCAGAGUGAGCACAGACAGUCGAAAGUCACUGUCAACUCAAGUCAACAACAUGGACAAUGUGUCACGGAUAUCGGAUCACAUAGUGUAGUCGUAAUCCAGGAUCCUAAACAUAGGAAUUGGAAAUCACUUGUCAUUCACUGAAACUGGACACCAUUUGAAUGGUAGUAUUUCAACUCAUAUCGUAUGUAUUUGAGGUUAAGUGAUAUCAUUUUGAUUGCACAUGGAUACUUUUAUUGUAUUGUAAAUGUAAUAUUUUGACUGUCUAAGUGGCCAAAAUCUGUAAUUAUGCGCAUUUAUUCAUAUUUAUAUAUUUUGUGGGAGCUAUAGAGAAUAUGUUUUAUAACUACCUCUACCUCAUCAGCAGAUGUCCAUCUUCAGUGUAAAUGCCCUUUUUGUUCUGUGCCCAAAUCGUAUGGAAAUGAUGGCCAGUUAAACAUCAAAAACAUUCAGACUUCUGAAUACCAAAAUGAUACACGCAUCGAUGGACCUCAUUAUGUUCCAUUAUAGCUGCAAACUUGCCCUCUAAUAGCGCCAAAGCAAAAUGAUUCAUUCGAAAAUCUUUUUUUUUAAAUGCACAGAAACACUUCUGUCAUUCACCUCUAUUGACAUCUCCAGGACACCAGGACACACUGUGCUGUCGGAACAACAGUAGCUGACAUGACAACCAACUCAUUUUAUACUAAUACCAACAUCUUCAUUCAUCAAAAGUUCUGACAAAAGGGUUGGGUAUUAAUCAAGCUCUGCAUUACAGCUUCGCUGAGGCUUCUAACUCAUCAAUAAGUAUAUUUAAUUCAAUUUAUUUUCAUUCAUUGAAAUAUUGGACUUAUUAUCUGAAUCAGUGGUUCUCAACCAGAGAUCCUGAAAAAACCAUUAACAUGUGGAAUAGUUCAUUUUCACAGCUCAACUGUAGAAAUAAUAUCCUUAGAGCUACUGAUACUGUAAGGUUGAACUUAGGUGCCUUUAAAAAAAAUACUUAAAUACUGCGAUUUUUUAAUAAAUAAUCAUUCUUAAUGUGUUUAUAAUGACGAAGUGAGUAAAGGCAUGUAUGGAAAUAAAGCAAAACAAUCCUGUGAGUUCAGAAUAUUACAUAAUUUUACUGUAAUUAAGCUUUUAAGACCAGGAAACAACAACACUUUAUUAUUUAUUAAAUCUAAGAUAAUAUCUAGUCUCAUAUCACAAUAUAUACAGUAUAUAUAUACAUAUAUAUGUAUAUAUCUUGCCAAGCACAUGUGACAACCAUACAAUUAUGGUCCUUAAUCAACAACCACUGAGCAGCUGGGUGUUAAGGGCUUUGCUGAAGGCCGUAACAAGCAAUGUUCUUUCACUUUCUCCUUUAACAUUCAUCCUCUUGGCCAAGGAUUGCAUGGGCAACGUUCCAGUCUCAAAAAUGUUUCUCUUUUAUGGUAAUUAUUACUUGUUUGGAAGGACGGUGACACUCCACCACAGUUUCUUUUAUUCUCAUCCGUUUGAGGCAUUCGGAAUAAUUCCCUGAGAGAAUAACCAUACCACAUUUCAGACGACAAUUUCUACAACCAGCAUACAUGUUGACUUGUUCGAUUCAUGUGUGUAAUUGCAGCUUACACACCUGCAUGUGGGUGCAAUUGUUAAGUUAAAGCAAACUCAAAGUCAAUUUUCAAACAUAAAUACUGAAAGAAAAGUCCAUGCACAAUUUAUCCUGUUUGCAUAUUCAAACAAUAACCUCAAGUUAGUGUUUUGAUAUGCAAACGGCAGUCAAACUAUAUAAUAUCAGUCUGUGGUGGCAGAUAUAAAAAAAACAAUAAGGAUAUUCAAGCAGCUUCUGCAACCAUGCAACAACAAAAACAAGCUGUGCCAGAAAACCAUUUCCUCAAAACACUGAGCCAAUAAGGUAUCUAGCUUAUUGGCUCAGUGGAUGGAAUUAAAAUGCACCUGAUCACAUGGGAAAGGUCCUUCAACAUAAUCACAACGUGUACUACAGAAUAUAGACAAACUCAAACACACACCUGAAAUACUCUGAAAAUUAAAACAAUAAAGAAAAACAAGUAUUGGUCAUCAGGAAAAGUAAUUUGAAGGAAAUGCACAAACAAGAAAACUAUGACGGGAAACAAAUACAGGAAAAUGAUCUCUGGUCAGUGAUGUGUUGGCAAAACUAAAGUUGCUGUCGCGAGUUGUUGACUCGUGAGUUGUGGUUGCUGAUUUGUGAGAUUGUUAUUGGUAAAAAGUCUGCUUGUUAAACUGCCACAAAUGUGUUAUUUGUAUUUGUGGAUAAGAGUAGAUUUAUUACUUUUGGUAGUUUUAAUACCAAUUUAUAUUGUAUCAUCUUUAAACUAUCUGUUCGAUACACAUUCAGAUAAUGUAUUUUCACUAAUAUGGCAUUUUAUGCAUGACCAGCAUGCCAAUAAAAACAUGUCACAAUC